AUUCUCAUAAAACAGUAGCCAAAAUGUUUUGUCAGACUGUGUAGUAGCUGUUACUUACUCUGGAUAUUUAGCUAACAGCUCUGAGUUGCUCCUUGUGCGGACUUUGAUCUCUUCCCACUUGCUAGAUAGAGAACUUCAGCUUCUCUCGGACUUCAGGACCUGAGCGAACAGCAGGUAUCUGCAGUACAUUAGGGCCUGUGAAAUGGCGGCGGAUGACAAACGGUCUCCGACACUGGAGGCUACCAGUGAUCUACCUCAUUCUCCCAGCAGUCCCUCUCAUCUCACCCACUUCAAGCCCCUGACUCCUGACCAGGAUGAGCCCCCCUUCAAAUCAGCCUAUAGCUCUUUUGUGAAUCUUUUUCGUUUCAGUAAGGAUGAUGGCAGGCUUUCAUCCACGGUGGAGAGAGGAGAGGCAGGACAGAGUGAUCCACAAGCACUCAGUGGUGGCUGGUCAAGUCCUCAGCAUCCCACGAGGGCUCAAUCUUUCAGGUCACCAGUUCCUUACAAAAAACAACUAACCAGCGAGCUACAAAGAAGAUCAUCUGCAACCUUAGACAAUCGAAGGAAAGUGGAACCGCCCCUUGGAAGUCAUGAUCCUCGCACAGCAGUUCAGCUGAGAAGCCUCAGCACUGUCUUAAAGCGCCUCAAAGAAAUCAUGGAGGGGAAGAGCCAGGACAGUGACUUGAAGCAGUACUGGAUGCCUGACAGCCAAUGCAAAGAAUGCUAUGACUGCAGUGAGAAAUUCACCACCUUCCGGCGGAGGCACCACUGCCGACUCUGUGGGCAGAUAUUCUGUAGUCGAUGCUGCAAUCAGGAAAUCCCUGGAAAAUUCAUGGGCUACACGGGGGAUCUCCGAGCCUGCACUUACUGCCGCAAAAUAGCCUUAAGCUAUGCACACUCCACGGACAGCAACUCCAUCGGGGAAGACUUGAAUGCUCUGUCAGAUUCGGCGUGUUCGGUGUCAGUGCUGGAUCCCGGCGAGCCACGCACUCCGGUUGGGAGCCGCAAAGCCAGCCGCAACAUCUUUCUGGAAGAGGAUCUAACCUGGCAAAGUUUGAUUCACCCAGACUCUUCAACCACGACGUUGUCAACACGGCUUGGGCCUGUCCAGGAAGAUGCUGGGAAGUCUCCAGCUAGGAACAGAUCAGCCAGCAUCACUAACCUGUCGCUGGAUCGGUCGGGCUCACCGAUGGUACCUGCCUACGAGACAUCUGUCAGCCCCCAGGCCAGUCGCACGCAUACGAAGGCUGAGACCAGCGAGGAUGAGCGAAAAAUCCUUCUGGACUCAGUCCAGCUGAAAGAUCUGUGGAAGAAAAUCUGCCAUCACAACAGUGGGAUGGAGUUUCAGGACCAUCGCUACUGGCUGCGGACACAUCCCAAUUGCAUCGUGGGGAAGGAGCUGGUCAACUGGCUCAUCAGAAAUGGGCACAUAGCUACAAGGGCCCAAGCCAUUGCCAUAGGGCAAGCGUUGGUGGAUGGACGCUGGUUGGAUUGUGUCAGUCAUCAUGAUCAGCUCUUCCGAGAUGAAUAUGCUCUGUACCGACCGUUACAGAGCACGGAGUUUUCAGAAACCCCCUCUCCGGACAGCGACUCUGUGAACUCUGUGGAAGGGCACUCUGAGCCAUCCUGGUUCAAAGACAUCAAGUUUGAUGACAGUGACACAGAGCAGAUUGCUGAUGAAGGAGAAGAUAAUUUGGCCAACUCCGCCAGCCCUAGCAAGCGCACUUCAGUCAGCAGCUUCCAGUCCACAAUGGACAGUGAUUCAGCCGCCUCCAUCAGCCUGAACGUGGAGCUGGACAACGUGAACUUCCAUAUCAAGAAGCACUCCAAGUACCCACAUGUGCCCCCUCACCCUGCCGACCAAAAAGAGUACUUGAAUCCUGACAACGGAGGACAGCAGAUGUUCUCUAUUAGUGACGCUUUUAUUAAAGAGUCCUUGUUCAACAGAAGAGUGGAAGAGAAGUCCAAAGAACUCUUUUUCACACCCCUAGGCUGGCACCACAGCAAUCUGGAUCUGCUGAGGGAAGAGAAUGGGGAGAAACAAGCCAUGGAAAGGCUCCUCUCUGCUAAUCACAACCAUAUGAUGGCACUUCUUCAGCAGCUUCUGUACAAUGAGUCCCUGUCGCUGUCCUGGAGGGACAUCAUUGUACCUGUGGUCUGCCAGGUAGUUCAGACUGUGCGGCCUGAUGUCAAAAACAGAGAUGAUGACAUGGAUAUCCGCCAGUUUGUCCACAUCAAAAAAAUCCCUGGUGGCAAGAAGUUUGACUCCAUGGUGGUGAAUGGAUUUGUUUGCACUAAGAACGUUGCACACAAAAAGAUGAACUCCUGCAUAAAAAAUCCCAAGAUUCUUCUACUGAAGUGCUCAAUUGAGUACCUUUACCGAGAAGAAACAAAGUUUACCUGCAUAGAUCCUAUAGUACUUCAGGAAAGGGAGUUCCUGAAGAAUUAUGUACAGCGAAUAGUUGAUGUCAGGCCUAAUUUGGUCCUCGUUGAGAAGACCGUGUCCCGCAUUGCCCAGGAUAUGCUGCUAGAGCAUGGUAUCACUCUGGUCAUCAAUGUCAAGCCGCAAGUGUUAGAUCGGGUAAGCCGAAUGACCCAGGGAGACUUAGUGAUGUCCAUGGAUCAACUGCUGACCAAGCCACGUUUGGGAACUUGUCAUAAAUUUUACAUGCAAGUGUUCCAGUUGCCCAAUGAUCAAACAAAGACUCUGAUGUUCUUUGAAGGAUGUCCCCAGCAUCUGGGUUGCACUAUCAAGUUGUGUGGGGCUGGAGAGUAUGAGCUGGCCCGUGUGAAGGAGAUUCUGAUUUUCAUGGUCUGUGUGGCUUAUCAUUCCCAGCUGGAAAUCUCUUUCCUAAUGGAUGAGUUUGCCAUGCCCCCUACUCUAACCAAAAAUGCCUCAUUUCACUCCCUUAUUGAGGAGCCAGGAGAUGAAAAUGAACAUCAGAAGCUCUUCAAUGGAGAGGACUUCAGCACAGCAAUCAGAGACAUUGAACUCUCUUCUGACAAGCUUCCUGUCAUCUCUGAGUCAGUGUCCUCUGAUGAGGUCAACUCGGUUGAACAAAGAGGUUUAUUUGAGAGAGGUGACCAAGAGAGCAGUCAGCAAGAAACAGUGUGCUCAAAACAGCAAGAGCACCACAGAAUAGAGUCACCAUUUCCUGUCUUCAACUCUGUACCUCCUGCAAUACCUGAAACAUCCCUGCUGCCCCUCCAUGGCAUGGACCAGCACUUGGUUCCUCUGGAUAGUCAGCCACUGGAGCCUCUGCCACAGGCUGAUGACCUGCAGGAGUCGAAAAGUCAGAUGAGAGUGUUCAGAGACCCACUCCAGGAUGAUACUGGCUUAUAUGUCACAGAAGAAGUAGCCUCUUCUGAGGAUCGUCUCAAGACUUACUCUGCAGCGUUUAAGCAGGAGUUGAAAGACGUUAUUCUCUGCAUUUCUCCUGUUAUGACGUUCCGUGAACCAUUUCUUUUGACAGAAAAAGGCAUGAGGUGUCCUGCCAGGGAAUACUUCCCUGAACAAGUUUAUUGGUCUCCUCUUCUCAAUAAAGAGUACAAGGAGUUGGAGGGCAGAAGGAAGAAGCAGUUAUUGCGGGAUCUCUCGGGACUGCAAGGGAUGAAUGGGAGUAUCCAAGCCAAGGCUAUCCAAAUUUUACCUUCUCAUGAGCUGGUUAAUGCUAGAAUAGCUGAGCACCUUGGUGAUAGUCAGAGCUUAGCCAGAAUGCUUGCAGAUUAUCGGGCUAGAGGAGGGAGAAUAAUGCAGAAAAAUGCAGAUCCCUUUGCCCAAAGUAAGGAUACAUCUGGUGUCCCUACUGGAAAAGCUGGAUGCAGAAUUGAAGAGGAUGAGAAAGGACUUGCACAGAGUGAAUUUUCAUGGUCUAAUAAGGUGGACUGCCUGAGUCCAAUAAACCAUCAGAGGCUCUGUGUUCUCUUCAGUAGCUCUUCUGCCCAGUCUAGCAAUGCUCCAAGUGCCUGUGUUAGCCCCUGGAUCGUAACCAUGGAGUUCUAUGGGAAAAAUGACCUCACUCUGGGAGUGUUUCUGGAGCGCUACUGUUUCAGGCCUUCCUACCAGUGUCCCAGCAUGUUCUGUGAAACACCGAUGGUGCAUCACAUCCGUCGCUUUGUCCAUGGGCAGGGCUGUGUGCAAAUUGUGCUGAAGGAGCUGGACUCGCCCGUCCCUGGAUACCAGCACACGAUUCUUACCUACUCCUGGUGCAGACUGUGCAAGCAGGUGACACCAGUUGUCCCACUUUCCAGUGAUUCUUGGUCCAUGUCUUUUGCAAAAUACCUCGAGCUGAGGUUCUACGGGCACCAGUACACUCGGAGGGCCAAUGCGGAGCCUUGUGGUCACUCCAUUCACCAUGACUAUCAUCAGUAUUUUUCCUAUAAUCAGAUGGUGGCAUCUUUCAGCUACUCUCCAAUCCGUCUGCUUGAAGUGUGUGUGCCGCUCCCCAAAAUCUACAUCAAGCGACAAGCUCCGUUAAAAGUUACAAUUUUGCAGGAUCUGAAGGACUUCUCUCAGAAGGUGGCACAGGUAUAUCUCGCUGUCGAUGACCGCCUGGCUUCUCUGAAAACAGAUACUUUUAGCAAAACAAGGGAGGAGAAGAUGGAAGACCUCUUUGCACAGAAGGAGUUCUUCUCGUGGCAGAUGGAAGAGGGGGAGUUUCGGAACUGGACCGAGAAGAUUCAAGCAAGGCUGCUUUCGUCAUCGUUAGACACACCUCAGCAGCUGCAGUCUGUUUUUGAGUCUCUGAUAGCUAAGAAACAAGGUCUGUGUGAGAUGCUGCAAGCCUGGAAUAGUAGAUUACAGGAUCUCUUCCAGCAAGAGAAAGGGAGAAAACGUCCCUCAGUGCCACCUAGCCCUGGAAGACUAAGGCAAGGUGAAGAAAGCAAGAUCAGUAGCAUCGAUGCUUCUCCACGCAAUGUUUCUCCAGCUCUGCAAAAUGGAGAGAAAGAGGAUCGUUUCCUGACCACUCUAUCCAGCCAGGGCUCCACAGGCUCUACUCAUCUUCAGCUCCCCACCCCUCCAGAGGUUGUGUCAGAGCAACUGGCUGGUGCCUCAUCCUUUGCCAACACACUCUCCGAACAGGAGACAACCAGUAGCUCUGAAGAUGUGUUUGAUGGACAUUCACUGGGAUCUACAGACAGCCAAGUGAAGGAGAAAUCUACAAUGAAAGCUAUUUUGGCCAACUUGUUGCCUGGGAACAGCUAUAACCCCAUUCCAUUUCCCUUUGACCCGGAUAAGCACUACCUAAUGUACGAACAUGAACGAGUACCUAUUGCGGUCUGUGAGAAAGAACCAAGUUCCAUCAUAGCUUUUGCUCUCAGCUGCAAGGAAUACAGAAAUGCCCUGGAUGAGUUAUCUAAAGCAUCUCUGAAGAACAGUUCUGAAGAAGGACUCCAGCCAAACAGCACGUUGGACAACAAACCAAAGAGCAGUAGCCCUGUCCGUGUGCCCGAGGCAAACCUGGGUUCCUCAAAUCGUACGGCAGAACAAGAACAGCCAAAGAAGCCAUCAAGUGUUCUGUCCUUCUUCCGUGGUGCGGGAGGGAAAAGCCCAGACCUGUCUUCCCAGAAGAAAGAGACCUUGCGUGGCGCUGACAGUGCCUAUUACCAGGUUGGACAGAUGAGCAAAGAGGGAGCAGAAAACCAAGGAACAGAACCUCAAGAUGAGGCAGAUGGAGGAGAUGGACAGAAGAAACAACUUGCAAAUCCCCAUGUGGAACUCCAGUUUUCAGACGCAAAUGCCAAGUUCUACUGUCGGAUUUAUUACGCUGGCGAGUUUCACAAGAUGCGGGAAGUGAUACUGGGGAGCAGUGAAGAGGACUUCAUCCGCUCGCUCUCUCACUCCAUGCCCUGGCAGGCGCGAGGUGGCAAAUCUGGAGCUGCCUUCUAUGUGACUGAGGAUGACAGAUUCAUCUUGAAGCAGAUGCCUCGCCUGGAGGUCCAGUCGUUCCUUGACUUUGCUCCACACUACUUCACUUACAUCAUCAAUGCAGUUCAGCAGAAGAAACCUACAGCACUGGCCAAAAUCCUUGGGGUCUAUCGAAUUGGCUACAAGAACUCUCAGAACAAUACUGAGAAGAAGCUGGAUCUGCUUGUCAUGGAAAACCUUUUCUAUGGACGGAAAAUGGCUCAGGUUUUUGACCUGAAAGGUUCCCUCCGGAAUAGAAAUGUUAAAACAGACACAGGGAAGGAAAGCUGUGAUGUUGUCCUGCUGGAUGAGAACCUCCUGAAGAUGGUCCGGGACAACCCUCUGUACAUCCGUUCUCAUUGUAAGGCUGUGCUGAGAGCUUCCAUACACAGUGAUUCCCAGUUCCUCUCCAGUCACCUCAUCAUAGACUAUUCCUUGCUGGUGGGUCGUGAUGAUACCAACAACGAAUUGGUGGUUGGGAUCAUAGACUAUAUUCGCACCUUUACUUGGGACAAAAAGCUUGAAAUGGUGGUGAAAUCAACUGGCAUCUUAGGAGGACAAGGUAAGAUGCCAACUGUGGUCUCUCCAGAACUGUACCGGACUAGGUUCUGUGAAGCUAUGGACAAGUAUUUCCUGAUGGUACCAGACCACUGGACAGGGCUGGGCCUGAAUUGCUAAGUUAAAGCCCAUAUUGGGAAAGCACAAGAAGAGAAUGGUAUCCUAGGCUGUUCCCUUCCUGCCAUCUGCCCAGCAGUAAGCAAAGGACUGCGAUCCCACAUCCGCACUGACCGUGUGUGUCUGAAGCUUAAGAUCUGCUCAUUGCACUUUAAUCCUCUCCUGGAGACUGACAAGUGAGCCAGCCUCUUUAAGGAUCUAAGCUAUAAGGUAUCACUGAAAAGCGUUGAUAAGAGACAUUCCUGCUGUUGGUAGGGAAUGUGAUGCUGUCUCCCUAAGAGCACUGAAGCAGAUACUAUCCUGUUCAUGGUGGUGUAAUUUUGCAUAGAACUACAUGAUCUCUGUAAGUCUUAUGCUCCCUAUGUGGUGUUGAAUGAGUAACUUAGGCUUCUGCAGUGGAUGUUUGGUACUGCAUAUGUGAAAUAAGCCCCUUCUGAGGGGGUGGGUGGGAGAAGAGUGAAGUCAACUCCAAAGUUCUGCUGUCAUUACAGUGGUCUCUAGCUGACCUGUUUACAAUCCAUGAAUAACUUACCCUGUUUGUGCUGUGUGGUUUCAGCUUUUCCUAACUUCCAUAAACAGCACUUGAGGGUGGGAGGAUGUGCAGUGCAUGUGUGGAUUCCUUUGGCGGUUUUUUUAAGGCAGCUGCAUAACUGUAAUGCCAUACAUAACCCUCUAAAUUAUUACAUCUUUUAAGUGCAUCUUACUGCAGUGCAACUCUCUUCUCAUCGGUCAUAAUUACACUUACCUGAGUCCCAUAAAAACAGGUCAACAGUUAACUGAACACUUCAAAAUCCACAGUGCAUCCCUUGGUUCCUAAAAAUUAGUUUGAUCUAACUGUUACCCACUACUAGUGGGUGUUAUUAUUAAAUCCCUGGAAUUGGGUAAUAAUACUAAUUUAAAAAAAUCUACCUAAGCUGGACUUGAGUAUGUAUAGUUAUGAAACUGAUUAACCCUUUCCUUAGCAGAAGGCACUCAAUUGCAAGAUGUAGUGAAGGAUGCUGACUCAGAGUAACUACUUUUUCCUUAAUAAUAUUCCUGGCAGAUCAUUUCAAAUCUAUUUUGUUUUCCCAGGACUUUCAAACAACGCCUUUACCUCAUACAAAAAGCUUGCCAGGAGACAAAAAAACAUUCUUGCAUUCAUGCUGUGCUGAUGAGAAUGAGCAUCCACAUUUCAUCACACUCUGUGCAGUCCUGAUGGAAAACUGUCUUCAGCAGUAUUAAUUUUUGCACCACUGAGAUGAAUGUUCUUUUCAUUUUCUGUAAAAAGAAAAACCUGAUACACAGGUAUCUUGUGUGAUGGAGAAGAUGUGCAGAGAUCUGGGAAUCUCUACAGUAUGACAAUAAGCACAUCUUUCCAUUUUUAUUAAUUUUUACCUGUUUUUGUAGGUGACAAGUUUACUUUUUAGCUUCAAUAUAAUAUAGGCCAGUAAAUAAGAAUUCGUGUGUGUGAGUUUGAGAGGCAAGAACACUGUCUUUAACUUUCCAAUCUUUGAUGUGGGCAGGAUUUCCAAUGAGCCUGGAGCCUGGAACAGCAGAGCCCUUAAUGACCACUUGCUCAUCCUGACCGGUUGUCUGGUGAUGCUAACUUCAUUGUAACUAGGGAUUGAAAUGUGCAUUUUUUUCACCUGUCCUUUGGUGUUGAGCGUUUUCCCCUGCAGCACAAGGUGGUGGCCCUGUUCAGGUGUGCCAGCUGGGCAGCCCUGAGAGAGGCAGAACAGGCAGCGAGAACUGAACUGUUGGGCCUUGAAAGCAGCUGAGGCAGCUCGUGUCUGAGGUACCAGGAGGCAACACUCAUUUGUGUUCUGUAGUGAAAGAAGUUGUUGGGAUUUUGUUUGCUUUUUUUUUUUUUGUUUGUUUGUCUGUCUGUCCAUCUCCCCUGUUUUGCAAAGCUCUGCUGAAGGAUGAGAACAGAUACGGUUUUGGAGCAUCAGAAGCAAAAGCAUUUGUGUUUCUUCUGCCCGAUGCCAUCUCUGUUUCUGGGGGUGCCAUGUGGCAGGCUAAGGCUGCAGUGAUGCCCUGUGUUUUGGAGGGAGACGCAGUACUGCUUGAUACCUCUGGCCUGGAGCCCCUCCGGUCCAGCCUCCUUAUGUGUGUUCCUCCUCCUUCACAUCCUCAAGUUUGUCGUGUAAAACCUUGAUUGUCCCAACAGCAGCUGGUUCUUAUGUUUCCCCCUCAAUCAGUGUGUGGAAUGAGUAAUGGAGCAGGGAUAUGCACAGCGUCAAGGCAUGUAUGCUGGGUUGCUGUGGAGUGGUGUGUGCUGACCCUAGCCUGCCACCAGAAGCCCCUGCUUCAGUGGUGUGCAGCUGCGCUUGUACUGCUUGUCUUCCUGAACCCUGCAGAGAUGGCUCUGGAGCAACACAAUCCUCCUGUUGUAGCUCAUGUUGCCUUGUACCAGGCAUGACAGCGUGGGGCUAUAGGCACUGUGUGAAACGAAGGACCCGCUCACCCUGGCCAGCUGCUCCAGGUCCAAUCAAUGCAGAACCCGGUGGGGUGAGGAGUGACCUUCUUGGGCUGAAGCUAUAGCAGUUAGCAGGACUUCCAGGUGUGGCCUUGGGCUGGCAGCUGACCUUGAAUCAGGAUGUGGCUGAUGGGCUGGUCCUGGCAGACUGGAACACGCAGCAAAAUGUGUAGUGGGUAGCGCAGCAGCAUCAGUGGGGUAUCGUGAGCUGCCUGGUAGCAAAGCUGUGAGGGUUCCAACCCCAGCAGCUGAGCAGCUUGUCUCAAACAUUCUCCUCUUAAAAUAAGAGCCAGCCUAGCGUUUUGCUUGCUGCAAAGCUGACUUUCUCCAAAGGAAAGCGUACUUUAUGCAAGGGGAGGUUGGGGAGAAGUGUGUCCAAGCAACUGUGCUAGGCCUGCAGCUCUGCAGCAUGCCCAGAUGUGUCUGCAGGGAGCAGCCUGGGUGUCACCUGAACCCUUUGAUUAGUUUUCUUUUGUAACAAUUUCUGUGUGUGUGUGUGUGUGUGUGUGUGUGUGUAAGCAAAUCCCAGUUGCAAUCAUGGACUGCCUCUUUUUCUUCCUUUUUUUUUUUUUUUUUUUCUCCUCUGAGCUACAUUGUCUUUUUCUGUAUCAAGUUGAGGCCUUGUGACAACUGUGUAAAUCUUGUCCCAGUCCAAGUGAUGACUUGGCACUGUGAUGUGGGCAGUAGAAAGCCUUGGAGUGGCCAGGGCUGUGUUCUGGCCUCCAAAAGCACCGUGAGGGGCUCUUGCUGGUGAAGCUGAGGGGCUGUGCUGGAGUUACCAGGGAACGGGCUCUCCUCUGACGACGAGCAAAACCACAUCCAUCGCUCGCCGACAGGAGGCCGCGCGUUAACUGUUAUCCAAAGCCCUUAAUGUAUGAUAACGUCUGUAUU